CACAAAAACAAGGUGGCACUACAGUCAACAUCUCCUAACAAAGUAGAAUGAAUAAUUAUUCAAUUAAUAAACAUUGAUAAUUUACUAUUCAUUUAUACACUUUUUUAAUAUGUUUAUCAAAAAAAUCAUCCAUUCUUUAAUCAAUAAAAGUAGCUAGUAUUAUUUAUUAUUACAAGUGAACAGAGAAUACAGUGUAUAAAUUGAUAUCUAUUGUUUACAAGUAACUAAAAUUAUUAAUCAAUGUCAUAUUAAUUAUAAACAAAUACAAGAAAAUUAUGUCGAAGAUCGAUAUUUCUAAAGAUGAUGAAGAUUAUUGGAACAGCAGUGAACGACAUUCAUUUAGCUUCGAUCAGAAUUACGAGGCUGAUAAUUUAUUUGGAAUUUCUAAAAAUGGUACAGCUCAACUAAAAGCUGGAAUUUCUAGCAUUGAUUUAUCAGAUACAUAUUUAUCGUAUGAUUCUACUCAUGAAUCAGUUGCAAAGCCACUACUGUCAAUCAUAUCUGAGCCUACAUUAAUGACAAUUUUGGAAGCUGAUAAAAUUUAUUUACCAAAAGAAGAAACAACAAUUCAUCCUUCAACUACUUUAAAAAAAAUAUUGUUAGGACAACCUUUUUCUCUAGAGAAAUAUAAAUCAUUAUCUCAUAAAACUGCUCUUCUCGAUGCUGCUAUACAGAGUAGUAAUGGAAAUGCUAUUUUAGUUAUUGUUUUAUUUAUCACGAAAACCCUUAAACCAACCUUGGUACAAAGAUUACUUAUGGAUAGACCCGAUGCAAUAAAUGUAUAUAUUCACUACCUAUAUACAAGAUUAAAAAUUAACGAAAUAACUGAUUUAUUGAUGAUGCAAGCACGAUUUUUAGAUGCUGCUCUAGUAAAUUUAAUAGCUAUUAUAAAUAAUACUCGGGAUGAUAACAGACUUCUUCAAAAACUAGUGAAAUAUUUCAAAAUCCAUUUCACGAAUCUAUCAGAUUGUAAGGAAAUUCUUUUUGUCAAAAAUUUUAUAAAACUUUUGGAGUGGAAAGUAGCUGUUAAGAGUAGUGGAAAAUACAAUGGAUUACCAGAAAAUAAUACAGUAUUAGAAUUUCUAAAAUAUUCUUGUCAAAAUUAUUGGAAUAUAGGAGAAAAUGAAUUAUUAUCACCAAUGUUACUAUCAAAUCAGCAUAGUAUUACUCCUAGGCAGUAUCAAAAAGUUGUUUUGAAGACUCGAGUAUCAAUACAAGCUUGGGAUGAUAUUGACAGAUUGCUUUUAUCAAAGGGAUGGUUAGGAAGUGAAAAACUUCAAACAAACUUACCAAUCGAAGAUAUUUUAAAUAUUCUACACCAAGGUCAAGCACCUACGUUCAUUCUUGAUAAAUUUCUCAAAUAUGUUGAUAACAUCAAGAGAAGAUUACAGCUUGCAAAAAGCUUUGGUUGCGCCAGAACUGUUAUUCAAAUUUUUGGAACUCUGGGUGAUAGAACUGCAUUAUUAGAAUACAAAGAUACACUUACGCCACAAUCUGAGUCAUAUUUUUUGGCAGAAAAAACUCUUGAAUCUCCAACAAUUAGAUGGAAAUCAUAAAAAAAAAAAAAUAAAAUAUAAUUGAAAAAGUAGUUUUAUUUUUAUGAAAAAUUUAUAUAAUUAUUUAUAUAUCUUUGAAAAU